AAAAAGAGCAAGGUUCCAAAGUUCUUUGGAAAGGUACUCGGGAAAUAAUUUCUCAUUAUACUUUGUUACUUAUUGAAACUGAAUAAGUAGAGGAUGAGUGACAAACAGAGGAUGAACAAAAGAACAAACAGAGGUACGCGGCAUCUUUUCUUCUGACUUGAACAAGAACAAGGUGUAUUAUGCUCAUAAGGUUUCUCAUGAUGUUAUGGAAAUUAUGGAGAGGUUAGAUGUUAUUGCUGGUGACUAUAAGAAAUUUAACGUAUAAGCCUAUUGUUAGGAGACCCAAAGAAACUUGUUCUUAUAUUGAUGCCCAUAGAAUUAUUGGGAGGGAUAAGGACAAGGAGGAAAUCAUUAGUGUUGUUGAGUUUUAAUGUUGAAGAUUUUUGUAUCUUGUCUACUGCGGGAGUGGGAGGAUUGGGUAAAACCGCCCUUGCUCAACUUGUGUUCAAUGAUGAAAAGAUAAAGAAAGAGUUUCCAGAUUCGACCUAUAGAUUGUGGGUUUGUGUUUCCAAUGAAGAUAAGGAGCAAUUUGAUGAAACAGCAAUCCUUUGUAAGAUUCUAGAAUUAGUUACUAAGGUGAAGCCAGAUAAUAACUCUACAAAGGAAUUUGUGCAGAAGGAAUUUCAAGAGAAAAUGAGAGGGAAAAAAUAUGUGCUAGUUCUCGAUGAUGUAUGGAACGAGGAUCGUGAAAAAUGGUCUAGGUUGGAAGAUUUUUUAAGGAUGGGUGAUGGAGGAAGCAAGAUUAUUGUGACUACACGCUCUGAACAAACGGCUAAAAUCAUAGACAAUAAGCAUGUUUAUAGGUUAGAUGGUUUGUCCCAAGAGUAUUCACAUCACUUGUUUGAGAUGUCGGCUUUUGGAGAAGAAAAGAAUAACGAGUACCGUGAGAUUGGGGAGAAGAUUGUGAGAAAAUGUCACAGAAAUCCUCUUGCUAUAAAGGUUAUAGGAAGCCUUCUCUAUGGUCAAGAUCUAAGUAAACGGGAGCUAAUUGAAAAGAGUGAAUUGGCUGAUAUUAGUGAAGGGAGUGAUAAGAUUUUGCCUAUAUUGAAGCUUAGUUACUACAAUCUUGCACCCUUGUUGAAGAGUUGUUUUAGCUAUUGUGCGCUAUUUCCCAAGGAUUUUCAGAUGGAUAACAAGAUGUUGAUAAGUCUUUGGAUAGCGCAAGGAUAUGUUGUUGAAGAUGUUGCGGAGCAGUAUUUUUUGAUUUUGAUGAGGAGAUGUUUCUUUCAAGAUGUCCAGGAGGAUAGAUAUGGUAAUAUUGUGUCUGUUAAAAUCCAUGACUUGAUGCACGAUGUUGCUCAAGAAGUGAGUAAGGAGGAAAUUUCUGAUGUAAGCUCUGGAGAAAUCAAUUUGGGAGAAAAAGAUCGUCAUGUGAAUAUUAUUAGUGAUGGAAUUGCAAAUUUAUCUUUGUGUAGUCGUAGGAUCCGCUCAUAUAUUAGUAGAAACAAAAUGACUACUUGUAGCCUGUGGGAGUACUUAACAACCUUAAGGGUGUUGGAUUUGUCUUAUUCUGAUUUUACGAGUUUGCCUCAAAUGAUAGAUCGAUUGUUGCUUUUGAGGUAUCUUAACCUCGGUCAUAAUAGAAGUUUGGUAAUACUACCUGAUUCAAUUACAAAGACUAUAUAAUUUGCAAACAUUAGUACUAUACGGUUGUGAAAGAUUGAGGAAGGUUCCAGAAGAUUUUAGUAGAUUGAUAAACCUAGGCAUUGAGAUCUCUAUGGUUGUGAUAAGUUGAAUGAGAUGCCUUUAGGAAUUUUAAAACUGACUAAACUCCGAGUGCUACCAUAUUUUGUGGCUAGGAAUGAAACUUCAGAUGAAGAACUCAAAGUGCUUCAACAAGUUUUUAUGAAGAUCAAAGGUGGCAUGCAUAUCAUGACUUCGUGGGAAGGAGAUCUAACCUUGGCACACCUUCAGAUUUAUAGAGGUCAAUGGGUUAUUCAUGUAGGUGUGUUUCAAAAGUUAGAGCUACCUCUCUAUCUCAAAGAGUUGACGUUGUAUGGCUAUAAAGGUACAACAAUACCAAGGUUUACACUAUACUCCCCGCAUAAUCUCCUCCACAUUGAGAUCGAACGUUGUGAAAACUUGGAGCAAAUUCCAGUACUGAGUAAAUUGCCUCUUUUAAAUUCACUGAAACUGGAACGGUUGUUUAGCAUGGAGUAUAUGGAGAUUGGAAUGAGCAGCGGUAGCAGUCACACUAAUGGAAUAGUAGAAUUAUUUCCUUCUCUUAAACUUCUAAGAGUUGAAAUGAUGAAAAAGUUGAAAGGUUGGUGGAAGGUGGAUACCCCCGGGAUGAGAAUAUGUUUUCCUCGUUUAGAGCACUUGGAUAUAGAGGACUGCUCCAACUUGACAUCAUUUGCUAUAUGUUCAAACCAAGAAAAUCUGCGAGAGCACCAGCUUCAACUUCCUAGUCUCCGUACAGUGCAAAUAAAAAGGUGUAAUAACCUGACUUCAAAUUUCAUGCGUCCACCAAUCUUAGAAAAGUUUGUAUUACUAUAAAACAAGUUGCAUAUAACUGGUGAGUUGGGGAAGAUGAGAGAAAUGUGUAUAGACAAAGCGGAUCAUCUCAAACUACUACCACCUACAAAUUGCCGUACUUCCCUCGUAAUAUUAGGAGAUAUAGAGGUGGAGAGUGCAAUAGAACGUGUUAAGAGUUGUGCCUCCUCUCCCCUGACCCUAAUAAUUCGUGAUUGUAAGUAUAUGAGAAGAGUUCCAAGGUUGGACUAUCUUAUUGCUUUGGAGAAACUAAUAUUAUCAUGUAAUUUUAAAUUAACAAUGUGUGAAGAGGAUGAAGAAGUUUGGAAAUCAUUUCUGGAAUCCCUUCGUCAUUUGAAAAUCCAUGCUUUCCCUAAAAUGAAAAGUUUGCCUAAGGGGAUGCAAUAUUUGACCUCCCUCGAAUUCCAUGGGCUUUUCUAUUGUAGGAGUUUGAAUGAGCUACCAAAAUGGAUGAGUUGCUUAUCAUCUCUUCAAUCGUUGGAGAUAAUUCACUGUGGAAGAAUAAAAUCACUUCCGGAAGCAAUCAAGAACAUCACAACCCUCAAGGAGCUUUGGAUAACUAGUUGUCCAAACUUGGAAAAAAGAUGCAAAAAUCCGAAUGGAGAGGACUUCUCCAAAAUCCAACACAUCCCUACUAUUAAAUUUAAUCAUCAAAGGAUGUGGUGACAAAGUGUUUUGGAAUUCUUGACAUUUUCAUUCAGGCAAUUUCCUUUAGGGUAGAUGAAUAACAAGCUGCUAUUCAUUCCACAAGGUUUAUGGAGUAUUAAUUAGCAUUGACACUGUGAACUUCUGAGUGUACUGCUUGAAAAGAAGCCUUUCAAGAUAAGACAAUGC